AAGGAUUUAUUCUAUAAAUUCUCUUAUUCUCUUUCAUUCUCUCUCUCUCUCUCUCUCUCUCUCUCUCUCUCUCUCUCUCUCUCUCUCUCUCUCUCAUUUUCUCUCUCUCUCUCUCUCUAAGAUCCUUCGCCGUUCAUCAUCCGUUUCCAAAAACGGAGGGUACUGCGUGGAUCAGAAGAGGAAACUCUACACUUUUAGUGAAUCGGAUCGUCGUUUCGGAGAGUUUCGGGUUUUCCCAAGAAUCGAGGUUUUCAGGAUCUCGAGUUGUCGUUUUGAACCGUUUUCGUACGAAGUUUAUUUCGAAUAUAAGGUCCAUCCGUGCGUCGGUCCUAGUAGAUAAAAGGACUAGGGAGGUUAUUUUGGUUAGCUUACGAUGGAAUCCAGGGAUAUCACUGCCAAUAUAGGUGGCAGUAGUAGUGAGGGUGCCGGCCCCGAGGCUGGUAACGACUCUACUAGUGUGUUACGUGAAUUCGCACAGCAGCUUAUGGCUGAGGUAGUGCGUACGAAUAGAGGGCAGGAUCGUCCUAUGACUGAGUUGGGUUGCUCUAUUGAACAGUUCACCAGAUUGAAGCCCUCUGCUUUUGUGGGCGGUACAGAUCCAGUUCGUGCUGAGAAUUGGAUCCAGGAGAUCGAGAAGAUCUUAGGUGUGUUAAACUGCACUGAAAAGCAGAAAGUCACCUUCGCCACGUUCAAGUUGGCAGGGGAGGCUGAGAGAUGGUGGGGGUCGGUAAAGCAGAUGGAGGAGCACCGACCGAUACCGAUAGUGUUGACAUGGGCCCGAUUCAAAGAGCUCUUCUUUGAACGUUAUUUUCCGGCCACAAUGAGAAAUGCGAAAAUGGAGGAAUUUAUGAAUUUGACGCAGGGUUCACUGACAGUGCAGCAGUACGCUGCCAAGUUCCAGGAGCUGUCUCGAUUUGCUCCAUUCGUGAUUCCUGAUGAAGCAAAGAAGGCUUGGAAGUUUCAGAGGGGUCUGAGGAGCGAGAUCCGUAAGCAGACGGCGAUUCUGCAGUUACAGGAUUUUGCUACGUUGGUUGAUAAAGCCACGGUAGCAGAGGAGUGUUUACUAGAGGAUGCAGAGGUUCAGGUUACGAAGAAGAGGCCAGCGCCUCCUAAUUAUUCAUCGGGGGCAGGACAGAGUAAAUGGAAGAAAAAUAGUAGUGGCACGUCCCAGAAUGCCGCAAGUGUUCCACAUUGCUCUUUAUGUGGUAAGAAACACCAGGGGCAGUGUUGGUUGUCUACGGGAGCCUGUAUGCGGUGUGGUAGACAAGGACAUCAGAUGAGAGACUGUCCGAGGCAGAGGAAUGAUGGAGUCACACAGAAGCAAUACAGAGGGAAUGCUCCGACACAGCGUGGUGGUCAGCAGGGGGGUACUGCCCAGGCUAGGGUAUAUUCUCUGACUCCUGGUGACGCUGAGAACGCUGGUGACGUGGUCACAGGUCCAUCCGUGCGUCGGUCCUAGUAGAUAAAAGGACUAGGGAGGUUAUUUUGGUUAGCUUACGUAAGCAUCUAAAUUUUUGUACUAAACUUGAUGAAAGUCCUUUUUGGAGGUUGUAAUAUGACGAUUACUCUAAGUCCGAAUGUAUGUAAAUUAUGGAUGUAUUAGUGAACUCUGGUAUAAGGCUAGUAGUAAUCCCAAUGGAUGUUUAUGUUUUUCCGCGACA